AUCUAAGAUGGCGACUGUCGAACCGGAAACCACCCCUACUCCUAAUCCCCCGACUACAGGAGAGGAGAAAACGGAAUCUAAUCAGGAGGUUGCUAACCCAGAACACUAUAUUAAACAUCCCCUACAGAACAGAUGGGCACUCUGGUUUUUUAAAAAUGAUAAAAGCAAAACUUGGCAAGCAAACCUGUGGCUGAUCUCCAAGUUUGAUACUGUUGAAGACUUUUGGGCUCUGUACAACCACAUCCAGUUGUCUAGUAAUUUAAUGCCUGGCUGUGACUACUCACUUUUUAAGGAUGGUAUUGAGCCUAUGUGGGAAGAUGAGAAAAACAAACGGGGAGGACGAUGGCUAAUUACAUUGAACAAACAGCAGAGACGAAGUGACCUCGAUCGCUUUUGGCUAGAGACACUUCUGUGCCUUAUUGGAGAAUUUUUUGAUGACUACAGUGAUGAUGUAUGUGGCGCUGUUGUUAAUGUUAGAGCUAAAGGUGAUAAGAUAGCAAUAUGGACUACUGAAUGUGAAAACAGAGAAGCUGUUACACAUAUAGGGAGGGUAUACAAGGAAAGGUUAGGACUUCCUCCAAAGUUAGUUUAGUGAUUGGUUAUCAGU